AUGACCACCAUGGGUCCCUUGGGCGCAUACAAUGCCACUGUACCGCAGAUGGCUUCUUUUGCAGCAUCUGCCCAUGUAGCACGAAAUGAUUCACGUCAUUUCCAUGUUCCAUUCCGAUCGCAGUAUGACCGGCUUGGAGAGAACAGGGCAUCGGAAGCGAUUGAAGUGCAUUGGCUACCCAAAAACGCUAGCCAUGAUCACGCAUCAUCAUCUGAUAUAUUUCGUAACUUGGGCCAAAUAUCACCAUAUCAGCCAGCUGAUGACCUGUUUCCUGAAACAGCAAAGCAUCAAGCCAUUCCUGAGCAGUGCCGCCUAGUCCAGGCACACCUACUUCAUCGCCACGGUGCUCGAUAUCCCACUCAUGGGAGCGAUAAGGGCCCUGGUCGAUUUGGUGCGCGUUUAGCUAAAGCGAAUGGUACUUUUCAGGCGUCUGGCGACUUGGCUUUUCUCGGAAAUUGGACUUAUGGCUUGGGCUUGGAAGACCUUGUCAACUAUGGGGCCAAAGGCAUGUUUGACGCAGGAUCGCACGACUACUAUGACUAUGCAGGUCUACUGGAUCACAAGCUCUUGGUGCGUACCACAACACAAAAUCGCAUGCUCGAGUCUGCUCGGUACUGGGCCCUGGGUUUCUUUGGCUGGGAUGCGCCAAACCGCAUGCAUUUUCAAGUGAUCGAUGAGGCGGAGCACAAGAAUAAUACACUUUCGCCGAAAUAUGCGUGCAAGAAUGCGCACGAGAAGCGCUUCAAGUUAGGAGAUGAUCUGAGCGCGUCUUGGCGCGCUGUCUUUUUGCCGCCGAUUGCUGCGCGACUUCAGUCACAUGUUCAGGGCUUCGAAUUUUCGCUCGACGAUGUGUUUGACAUGAUGAGCGCGUGCGCGUAUGAGACUGUCGCCUUGGGCACCUCUGAAUUUUGCCGACUCUUCACCAAGGCGGAGUGGGAGAAUUUCGAGUAUGCCAAGGACCUCGAAGUCCAAGGCAGUGAUGGAUUCAUGGGACCGAUGGCCAGGGCGCUCGGCGUCGGAUGGGUCACCGAGUUCCUGUAUCGCCUGGAACAAAAACCAUUUGCUGGACCAUUUACCUCACAAAAUGCGACGCUAGUAACAAACUCUAAGCAUUUCCCUGUCCACGACAAGCUCUAUGUCGACUUUUCGCAUGAUCGUGUGAUGACAAGCAUUUUGACAGCUCUCAAUAUGACACAGAUCGGCGAUAAACUCGACCCUAAGCGCCCAGAUCCAAAUCGGCGAUACCGAGCCAGUCGCGUUACGCCUUUUGGUGCACGAUUCGCAUUCGAAGUAAUUGAUUGCGGCGAUGAGUCGCCAUGGGUCCGCGCUAAGAUCAAUGAGGCGAUUGUGCCUCUAAAUCAACACCAGGGCUGUACCAAACCGCGACCAGACGGUCUGUGCCCAUUGACACAGUUCGUGCAACACGUGCGACACGCGAUCGAAUCUAUCGACUUUGACCGUGCAUGUAACGAGUAUGACUCCUAA